AAAACAAGAUGACAAGAUAACUUUGGCGCUGAGUUCGCUGUAAACCCUUUAGCACUCAGAAUCGCACCGCACUUGAACGUACCCGUGUAACAGACACUUUGCUCAAGGACGCGCUGUGUGCGUCAUUCCUAAGCCUGUGCGUCAUUGCGUCACUUCCUGUCGUGCGGUCACUGUGAAGCGGUUGUCACGCAGCGCAGGAGAAGCCGGUACACGGAGCAGCAGUUCGUGGAGGAGAAGCAGCACACAACCAAAGGUCCAGAGACAUGUCCACUGUAUCGUAUGAUGAGGACGUGGAGUCCAAGUUCAUCAGGAAGGUCAAGGAGAACCCGUUUGUCCCUGCCGGCAUGGCCGGGUUCUUCGCCAUCGUGGCCCACCGGCUGUAUAAGAUGAAGUCCAGGGGCAGUAUGAAGAUGUCGGUGCACCUGAUCCACAUGCGUGUGGCGGCGCAGGGCUUCGUGGUGGGAGCCAUGACCUUAGGUGUGGUCUACUCCAUGUACAAGGACUACAUUCUGAAGCCUGCUGAAGCUCAGAGAGCACUGGAGCAGAAGGCCCAGGAAAGCCCCUGAGAGACACUGAGAGCCCCUGAGCCUCACCCUCAGUCUAGUCUUAGUUUACUCUGGUUUCCUUUCUGCACUCAAGGUCUUCUGUAGAGACGACCUCACCUUUUUCUUAAACACGUUCCUUUACUUAGUUACAAAUGUAUAAACUUAUACAAUCUACAAGGGUUAUAAUUUAUAUUUAUAUAAUAAACAGAUUUCUAAGACCACACAGCAGUGUGCAGGCGGGAACACACUCGCCCUCAUCAACCUGACGCUAGCUUCAUGCUAAACUUCAUCAGCAGCGGUGUUGUGACCUCACAACUCCACACAAGCUCCAGGAUAUGCAAAUACAUGCCAAUGAUAAAAACAUACACUCUUAAAUAUAUGGAUUCCUUUCAGGGUUCUUUGGUUAAAGGAACCUUUAUGAUCUGCUCUGUCUAACACCUUUAAUGGUUUUUUAGCUAAUGCUUCUCAAACUGAGGGUUGUGGAUUGUCCCAACUCAUCUUGUGAGGUCACAAAAUACAGGCGGAUAUGCAGAUAUAUGCGGAUUACAAUAAUCACAGUGACCUGUCAGGUACAGAACAUGCCUUAUGUUUCUUUUUUUAUUAUUUGGAGAAAUAAAAAAAGUUUUUUAAAGCAUAUCUUGAAAUUUUUAAGGGUUCUUCUUAAAGUGGUUCCACUUGGAACCGUCUCAGUUACAGGCUCUACACAGAGUCUUUAAUCAAAAUUCACCUUAAUAUGGACAAAAAAAACUGGUAAACUGGUAAACCAACCACACAUGCUACACUAGUACAAGGUUAACAUGUACGGGUUACUGUUAUGUAAAGGUUACUGGAUAUAAAUGUAGGGUCUAAUUUGCAUACUUAUGCAUAUUUAAUGAGGAUGACGUUGUAGAGAUUAAAUAUUUUGCACACAGGCUAAAGUAAAUGUGUGUUAGUUUUAUGAUUAUUUUUGCUUGUUAUGUUUGUUUAUCCUGUUGGUUUAUUAGAAAUUGUAUUUUAAUAAAGAUAUGAGAAAAUAAAACACAACCUGUGUAAGU